AUCCUAAAACAUCCCGCCGUUCCAUACGGCGCGAUCAAACGAUUGACGGCGCCAAACCGCCCGGUGUAUGGCGGUGUGGUCAAACAGGACAGCAAGAUCGUCCACGGGAUUUCGACUCGAAACGAUGGAAGGAACGCUGAAUGUAUCAUUUGAGGCACCCAAGGAAUUAUUGUUCCAGGCAAAAUUCAAUUUGAUGUGUUUGCUCGGCAACAGCCAGAUAGCAUUUCUUCGCCUGUGCAAUGUUGAUGUUGAAACGUUGAUUACGAACUGCUUUUCCUGCAACGGUUUUGUCCCUAUUACAAAGCAUAUGUUUGUGCCGGUGGAGGUGUAUGAGCGGACACCGGGGGCCGAGCUGAUGUUAGUGCUAACGGGAGACAUUAAAACUUUCAUCGGCUUUGACCAGACCAACUUAGCCCAGAAACGGGUGGCCGAUAUUUUGGAAUAUGGGUUGCAUACGGUGUCCGAUAAAACUUUUAAGCACGCAUGUCAGUCGUUCAUCGGGGAAUGCAAGAAGCAAACCAUUCUCGCGUCCCUAAAGACGGUGUUGCUCCCAGACAUGUCCCUGUCGGCAAGCUUGGCUAUUGAUCUGGGCAGCCUAGCCACGCUGUUUCCGCUGUCUUUAUUGAAGCAGGCCCAAUCGCAAGGGGCAUCGGAACCGACGCACGAUACGCGUGCCCAGCUGAUUAAGAAGCUUCAUUCGGACUGCGAAAUGGUGCUGUCGCUCAAGCUGGGCGACGUGAGCGUACCGGCAACAGCCGAUUCAGUGAUGGAAGGGAUGGCGCACAUGCAACUGUGAGGCUGUCGGUGACCGCGUGAACACAGUAGGGCAGGAAUAAGCAUGCCUACUCUCUACAUUUAGACAUUAGUGACUGAGUGAUUGAUCGCUGGGGGUCGCUGCGUAACAAUUUCAUGCGUUUCAUUUCAGCCAGCGGAGGGGUGGUGGUGUGUGUACGUGUUAACACUUGCGAAUAAAAUGAGCUGCUCUAGUAAAAAGCCGCCGGACGUGUGGCAUAUGUGGUGGGCCGGGGGGAAAGCAUGGCUAUUUGUAGUCGUUGGUUGCCGCCAAAUGUCGUUGCCUCGUUGAUCAUUUACAGUGUAAGUCUCAAUGUUUUACUCAAAAGCAUACUAGAGUCAACACAUUGUCGAGUUACAGUGAAACAAUAGGUACGUUAGAACCGGGGGAAAAACAUCACUGUUUGCAUUUUAUCGGAUGUGCUAUCAAGAUUUUGUUUUUGUUUUGGGGAUUUCAAAUCGUUGCGAUUCCAAAUGCCAUAAAACUUUUUAUUACAGCACGUUCGAUAAAAUCGCAACCCUAUGGGAGCACUAUGGGCAUCCACCGGCCUAAGAGCUCAACAUUUAGCGGCCCCGACUGCAGCUAGUCCGUUAAGGAAUUUCCUUCGUGUGUGAUAUAGAAGAAACCAAAAACAAAAAGAAGCUUGGAUUAGUACUUGGACAUGAUUUAGGAUAUCAUCACAGUCCUUAAGGCAGCAGAUCGCCCAACUAAUCGAACAACCUAACCAGGUGUGUUAGCUUGGUAGUUGUUGCGUAGUCGCAACCGUGACGCUCUGGGGGCAAAUUGCCUCCGAGCUCUGGCGUUCCGUACAUUUCCCUGUUGUAAGAUAAAACCAAACCAGAGAUGGAAGGAUACGGUCGUGCCGCAGCACUACCGAAACGCAUUUAUUGGCCUUGAAGACAGAGUGAACACGCUUUGCUGUAAUAUAUUAGAAGCGACUGUGCGAUCGCUGUAAGAGGUAGCGUUUGUAUAAUAAGAGUUAGCGCGCGCUUGAGCUGACAUGUCCGAGAAGAGUGUGUGUGUAUGUGUGUGUGUGUGUGAGAGAGAGAUAGAAAGAAUGAGUGCGCCACAUCGUAAGAUAUUCCAAAUGAUUGAUAAGACAGCUGAGAGUACCUAUAGGUUUUAAGUACAUACAGAGAUACAUUUAUAAAGACCGCCCGAGCUCCGAUGGUGCAGCAGUGGUCGUCAACAUAUAGGAAGAGGAGGUCGUAGGCACACCAUUAUCAAGUGAAGAAAACCAGCAUGGCACCAGAGUAUGGAACGGAAGCUUUAACCAGCACACCCGUCUCUCCCUUCAUGUUAGGAUUACUGCCCGUCUCUUUGCCCAUUGAGCUUUGUUGAACUCUCUCCAUUGGUUGCUUCGUUCGUUGCGAAGUAGGUAUGCAAAACGGGUAAAAGGCAAUGUUGCUGUUAUAACCAAAAACAAAAAAAAAUGUGUUUCAUUUCCCAUCCUCCCUCUUUCCUUGUGUUUGCCCAUGAGUAACGGCUUACCUUAUACAUACUUGAACGAAGUGCAAUAACGGGACAGAGAGCUAGUGCAAUAAAGGAGUGUGAAUUUGUCGUGCCAUCCGGUUAAAAUCGCACGUUAAAAGGUUUAGUGUACGAAGGGUCAGGACUUACAGGACUAAGCCUGCAAAUAAUCCGCCGGAAAACGCGGACUAGGAAGUUGUGUAACAUAGCAAGUACAGAAGGAACAAAAUAAACCAACAGUAUGUUGUUUCGUAAACUUA